UUAGAAGCACGCCGCAGUUUGGGGUAUUUGUAAAUUUUCAGUCAAUCAUUGUACCCCAAACAUAAAAAAUUUCAACAGGUGCCCGUCGAAGUGCUUUUAUUUGUAACAAUUCUCAGUUAGAUGGUAUUUUCAAAGUCAUUGUUCCAUCUGUUGCAAUUAUCAUUUUGAUCAACUAGCAUUUCGGAGAGAAACAUCAAUGCGUGGUGGACGAUGGCUUGAUCAGUGGGGGCUGAAUAAUCUGGAAGCUGCACCCUGCCAGCCAGAGGAUGGAUGAUGCCAGAAGCUAUUCCAUGCGCCCAUCUAGCCGAGGUGGUCGGGAUCUGGCCACCAUGAAGCCGCGAGGCAGGGCCAGAACUCGGAUACGUCGGUCUAAGGUGAUCGACAGCGACGACGAGUCACUGUGUGAGCCGACCGCGUCCGAUGGUCCGCCGUCUCCCGACCGACCGGGACCGCCCCGGCCGCACGUGUUCGACAUGGAGGCGGACAUCUCGCAGCUGGAGCCGGCCACCUUCACCACGAUCCAGCGCGGCCAGCCGGAGCCCAUGCUGCGCCUCUCGUGGCACCACAAGGUGAACUUGAUCGCAGCAAAGGUGCUCAAUCCUUUGAUAUAUCUCUGUGAGAAAUGUGACUGCCCAAUACUGGCGUACGGCAGAAUGAUUCCGUGCAAGCACGUGCUAUGCUACGACUGCGCCAAGGUGCAGGACAAGUGCUGGCGGUGCGGCGACCGGGCGGUGCGCGUGGAGCGCGCCGGCCUGGGCAAGCUCUACAUGUGCCUGCACGACGGCAAGCGCUACGACAACAACGGCUGCCGGCGCACCUACCUCAGCCAGCGCGACCUGCAGGCGCACAUCAACCACCGGCACCGCUCGCACCCGCUGGAAUAUGGAUCGGCCAAGACGACGCUGCCGUCCAUGAAGCAGCAGCAGAUUCCCGUGAUGACUACGCAGCGCAGCAGCAACCUGAUCACCAUCCCGAUCCAGGGCCAGGAGGCGAUGCAGGAGACGCCGCCGCCGCUCCAGCAGCAGCAGCAGCACCCGGCGUACGUCGGCUACCAGGCGCCGCCGCCGGCGCAGCUCGUGCGGCGGUUCUCCGGUUAUCAUGAGGCUGCCGUUUCCAUCUUUUUCCUCAACUUUCCCACCUAG